AUGACGGUCUCUGUUUCGGACUUUCCGGCUGGUACUCCUAAUCGUCUGAGUUUGAGAAUUGGUUGUUACAUUCUCUUUGGGGUUUGUACUGCUACUCUUUUCGUGAGAUUCUACGUACGGGCUUUCAUAUCACGAAAGUUCGGACUUGAUGACUUAUUGAUCACACUAUCAUGGAUGGCAGAGGUCGUACACAUUGUUUGUGUGAAGCUUCAAUUCGAAAACGGUACAGGAUGGCACGUUGCAGACCUAGCAAUGUUGCCUAAUGGCGUCGCCGUCAUAAAUGGAAUGAUUCUCUGGCCAUGGAUAACACAAGCCCUCUACUACUUUGGCCUGGGAUGCAUCAAAGCCAGCAUCGUAGCACUUUAUCUUCGACUCGCUGUUACUCCUCUGCAGCGCAAUAUCCUUUGGGGGAUGCUGAUUUUUGUUCUUGCACAAGGACUUUCGUCUACAAUUGUUGUUGCAGGUUUCCUGUGCACACCUUUAAGUCAAGUCUGGACCACACCUACUGCGAUUGGAGGCCCGACUUGCAUCAACAUCUUGACAUUCAAUUAUUACAACGCAGCUUUGUUCAUCAUAACCGAUAUCUUCCUUGCUUUGGCACCCCUAGCCGUGAUCAAAAAUCUGCAAAUGGAUGUUAAGAGGAAACGCGCUCUCGGCAUCAUGUUCUCUCUCGGUGUUCUUGCAAUCGGAGGUACAAUCGCUCGUCAAGUAACAAAUGCAAUCGCCAUCAACAACACAUCAGACUUCACAUGGCACUGGGCUCCCACAGCACUGUGCUCGAUCCUCGAAUCCAGCCUCGGAAUAGUCUUCGUCUGCGUCCCCGCCAUGGCCCCCCUCUUCAAGAACUGGGUCGGCGGCGGCUCCUCCGCCAAAUACACACCCAACAACUACCAGUCCGACCGCCCCAGCACAUUCGGCAAGCUCCGCAACAAACCAAAACUCAGGCCCGAUGACGAGAGUAUCCUUUGCACAACGCAGAUCACGGCCGUCGAUCGCAAAGACCGAGAUGGUGCGGUUGAGAGCUAUGAGAUGGAUCAACAGACUGGCAACUAUAUCGGUGAUGGUGGGAGUGAGAGGAGGAUUAUAACGCCGCCGACGUAUAGAGAGCAGAAUGGGAAGAAGGAGAAUGAGUGUGAUGGGAAGAGUGGGGUAAUGGUGAAUGUUGAGUAUCAGGUUAAUCGCUCGCAUAGGAAGUCUGGGGCGAAGUGA